AUGAGUCUAUCAGUUGCCCGACCGCUAGUGUCGGUUUAUUCAGAGAAAAGUGAGGUGGUCAAAGAUGCCUCACUUCCACUUCCAUUCGUUUUCAAGGCACCAAUCCGCCCCGACCUUGUUAAUGAUGUCCAUGUCUCAAUGUCCAAGAACGCUAGACAACCCUACUCUGUUAGCAAAGAAGCUGGUCACCAGACAAGUGCUGAGUCAUGGGGUACAGGUCGUGCUGUAGCCCGUAUUCCCCGUGUCCGUGGUGGUGGUACUCACAGGUCUGGUCAGGGAGCGUUCGGUAACAUGUGUCGUGGAGGUCGUAUGUUUGCGCCGACCAAGCCAUGGCGUAGGUGGCACCGCCGCGUAAACCUACGUCAGCGUAGGGCUGCUGCUGCCGCCGCUGUUGCCGCUGCAGGAGUUCCUGCACUGGUUCAGGCUAGAGGACACGUGAUCGAAAAGAUCCCAGAAUUGCCCUUGGUAGUAUCUGACAAGGUGCAAGAAAUUAAGAAGACCAAGGACGCCGUGAUCUUCCUGAGACGCGUCAAGGCCUGGUCUGACGUGCUUAAGGUAUACAAAUCGCAACGUCUCCGCGCAGGAAAAGGUAAAAUGCGCAACCGUCGUCGCGUACAACGCAAGGGCCCACUGAUUGUAUAUUUCAGAGAUCAGGGUCUAAGCAAAGCCUUCAGAAACAUCCCUGGUGUUGAGAUGCUUAACGUAAACAAGCUGAACCUGCUUAAACUUGCCCCUGGUGGACAUGUUGGCAGAUUCAUCAUCUGGACCCGUUCUGCUUUUGAAAGGCUAGACGCCCUCUUUGGUUCAUGGAAGACCCCAUCCAAGUUGAAGAAGAACUUCAACCUGCCUCAGCCUAAGAUGGCCAACACUGACUUGACCAGACUGCUUAAAUCCGACGAGAUCAGAAAAGUCCUCAGACCAGCCAACAAACGCGUGGAACAUGCUAAGCGUAAGUUGAACCCUCUGACCAACACACGCGCGAUGUUGAGACUUAACCCCUACGCUGCUGUACUCAAGAGGAAAGCCAUCUUGGACCAGCAGAGGAGAAGGAAUAUCAGAGCUAUUACACUCGCUCAAAAGCGUGGUGUUCAACUGCCUGAUGACGACGUGGCUGUGAAGGGACAAAAGCUCCGUGAGAAGCGCCUUAAAUCCAUCAAAUUGGCUCGUUCCAAGCUACCCAAGAAGCCCGUAGCUAAGAAGACCCCGCCACCGCCUCCUAAGAAGAAGGCAGAAAAGAAGGAAAAUAAAGAAAAGAAAGUGCCGGCUAAGAAGUAA